UACGUAAACGUAAAGAAGAGGAACGUAUACAAAGAAUAGAACAAUCUAAGGAAGACAAGAUGCAGAGAUUUCUUAUGCUGAGGAAAGAACAAGAGGAAAUACGACAGCAGUAUAUAAAAGACAAAAGAAAAGAGUUGUAUGUUAUGCACGGUCCGCCAAAAGAACUAAACAGUGCUUUAAUUCUUUCUGAAGUAAUUUAUGAAAGAGAAAAGCAAAAGGAAAUGAAAGAUUUUCUUGAACAGCAUAGGAUUGAAGAAGAAGCCAAAUAUGCGGCAAAAGUAAAACAAGGUGCAAUUGAUGAAGCGAGGGAGAAGCAAGAAGAAAAGGAAAAGGAAAAAUUGAAAAAAUUGGAAACGAGGAGGAUUUAUUUAAAACAAAUAGAAGAAAAUAAAAAGGCUGCCGAAUCAGAAAAACAGGAACGAAUCAAACAAGAACUUAACGACAUUCUAGCUGCUGGAAGAGAAGCUGUACAAAUGAAAAAGAAUGAGAUUGAAGAGGAGUUACAAAAGCGCAAUGACAUAAAAAAGGAGUUUGAUGAUUUUUACAAACGACAAAAACAAUAUAAAAUACAAACGGAGAAAGAAGAAAUUGAACAAACUCAAGUCAUUGAAUUAUUUGCAAAUGCUAAAUGUAGAAUCGAAGAAACCAGAAAAAGAACAGAACAAGAGCUUCUAGCAGAGAAAAGACGAAGAGCAGAAAAAAUAGCUGAAAAAGUUGCAGCAGUAGCUGCAAGUAAACAAGAGGAGGAGGAAAGGAUUUUAAGGGAAGCAAAUGAAGAGAAAGAAAGACUGCAUAUCCAUGCGUAACAACACGAGGAAAAUAAAACCAAAACAGAAUUUGCCUGGGGUUCAGUAUGUAGGACACGUCUACAAGGAGACCAAAUAGGGAGAUAUAGAUUUCCAUUUCUUCCCCUUAUUGGAAUCAGAGCCAGAAUAGAGUUAUAAAUAUUUUAUUGCUAGGAGGCUUUCUCAUGGUAGAUUUUUAAAACCUGAAUGUCUCUUUGUUAAUUAUAAAGUCAUGCAGUAUGUGAUAUUAAUACAGGAUAUUAAGAAUUAU